GCAAAACAAACUUUAUUUCGCACUAUUUCGACAUCAUCACAUCUCUGUUCUCAGUUUAUCUGGUUUGUCUCUGAUUCAAUCGAGGGUAUUUCAAAUUCAUUUUUUGGUGAUAUGGCUAACAUCGUGGGAAGCCCUCAAUUUGCUCUUAAAAUGAAAACCAGAGAGGCAGUGAAAAAAAUCAAGUCUGGAAGCCCAAAAUUCCAAGAGGUCUUGAGACAGAGAUGCCGUGAUAGAAUGCGAGAGAAACGUCGGGUAUUGUUCGACGCGAGGAGAGCAGGUGUUUUUCAAAAUAAUUCCGAGAGUAUUCAGGAGACCCUUACGGAAAUAGUACGUCAAGAAUUGAGUGAUUUAACGACUAUCAGUGUUGAUAACAACACUGGGAAUUCUGAAAUUUUCAACGAGCCACUCACCGAGGAGGAGAUCUUCGAGCUCGAAGCAGAAAUGUUGGCUGAUGAAGAGCAAUGGAUUUUCCAAGAGUAUGAGAAAAUUCUGGAGAACGAUGAUGAGAUGCUGAAGGCAUACGUGGAGGAGAGCCUCAAGGCCUCGGUUGUCUGUCCCAUCUGUGAGAAAUCAGGGCUCACGGAAAAUCCUGGAUCGUUCCAGUGUCCAGCUUGCAAAUUGUGCCUGCCAGCUAGAUGCAGUCUGUCCCAAUUGGCAAACACCAUCGAGAGCCAAUUAGCUGCUCACUCCAGGGCUUGUCCAGGUCAGACCUUGUUCCUGACUCUUCCAGAGAACUACACACUCUCCCUGUAUGUCACAUGUGAGACUUGUCAAUGCUUCUCUCUGAUUUUGUAAAGACGACUAAAAAUUAAUUCUGUACAUUCCAUUUUUAUUGUCCCUGGGACAAUUUUUGACUGUACCUUCAUAAAAUUAGGAUCAACUGUAUUAGAAUACUCAGAAUUAAAUUCUGGAUUCGUGGUGAUUCCAAUGUGUGAUUUAUGGUCAGUGAGUGUGCCAUUGACUGAAUAAUUUGUUAUUAUGUACCACUAGAUCCUAAUGAUUUCAAUAAACAUUUUCUAUUUCUGUA